CCCAUCGACCACCAUCGUCCUGCUUUCCCCUCCACAGAUGCAGUGAGCUGGGCCCGAGGACUCCCUAGCCACCCCCAUACACCACCUAACAUCUAUGAGGGAGGACUGGGGUCCCAGCAGCCCCAGUGCCAUAGUGCCCAGGAAAGCAAGCCCAAGAACUUCAGGCUGCGGCACCUCCGGGGCCUGGCGCUCUACCUGCCGUUCCACAUACAGCCCGCUGGCCAGUGUGAGAGCCAUUGGCUGGGCCGGCUCAUGGCUGGGGCCUGCCUCCCACAGUCCGCUGGCUGGGCCCUGGACCUACCACAGGGGAUUCUGAGCCCAGGGAACAGCCAUCAGUCAGCCGUUCUGGAAGCUCAACUGCCCAGGGAUGGCCUGGGAAAAACAGCUUCCAGUUCCAGCAUGAACCCAGCCAAAGGUGUCUCCUCCCAGCCUGGUGCCCCUGAAGGCUUGGGGCUCAGGCCUAAGAGGUCCUGGGCGGCCUCAGAGGAGUCCACCUGUCCCUUGUGCAAGAGAACCCGCUUUGGGGCUCUGGAGAGGCUGUAGGGAUCCGAGAGCCAGGGCUUGUUCUCACAGCUCUGGACAGGAGGGGAACGAUGACCCGGGAGGAGGAGGCCCGUCAGGAGAGGAAGGGCUUAGCCCCACCAGUAGUCCCUCCACACCGAGACACCUGCAGCUGCCAGCACCAGAUCCUAAGCCAGCCUCGGGAAAACUAAACGGGAAGGAGGAGGUCCUGAGGGAGGGACUGAAAAAAAUAGAAGCCCGGGCGUGCCCUUGCAGCCUGCUCCAACUCAAGUCAGCCACUUGUACCUGGGAGGCCAGGAUGAGCAGACAGUGGGGCUCCCAAGAGGCCCAGGAGCCCGCAGCUAUGUUAAUAAAAGCCAAAGCCUGCACCUUCUGUCCCCCAGUCUGUGUCUUCAGGCCAACUCAGAGAAACAGCCCCAUGGCACCUGCAUUUCUGACAGCAAGUGUCUGUCGAUUCCAUGUGGAAUCCGAGGUGCUCCCAUCCUUAGUCCUUCGGGUGGGACUACCAGAAGGCUUCCUGGCUGGGCAGGGUCUCAGCAGGCCUAAAUGCAGGGCAUGGCGGUCCUGGUUGAAAGGGCAGAGGACAAAAGAAGGUAGGCUGGGUUUACAGAGGGUGCCAGGGAUGAGAGCCAAGUUCCCAAACUGGGCAGAAAUGUUGGCCUGCAUCCCAUGUUGCCCUCACCCAGGGUUUGGUUGCAUCCACUGCUCCAAGCCAGGCACCCUGGCCUGGGCUUCUCUGUACCAGGGAGUCUCAGCCUUGGCCCUGUUGACAUUUGGGGCCAGAUCAUUCUUUGUGGUGGAGGCCAUCACGUGUAUUGUAGGAUGUUCAGCAGCAUCCCUGGCCUCUACCCACUCGAUUCCACGAACUCCCUCCUCCCAGUGUGAUAACCAGUGUCUCCACACAGUGUCCAAUGUCCCUUGGGGGCAGAAUCACUCUUAGUCCAUGGCACUGGGCCUCAGACCUGCAGGGACAGGAUGGGAGGACCUGGGUUGGCCUCAGUGACCCUCAUCAUCCUGGCAGCCUGGGUGGGGCUGGGGCUGAGCAGCCCCUCUUAGGGGCUCCUGUCAGCUCCACAUGAUGGUGUCAAGGACACCAGGACAGCUGGGUUCCUUCUAGACACAGGGGAAUACACCCUUAGGCACCCUCCCUGCUCCUGUACCCUGGUUCCACCUUAGACACUUCAUAUGUCCCUGGGUCAACAGAGCCUGGAGACUUCGGUCCCUGGGCUGUUUUCAGGUUGUCAUUGAUGUGGGUGUGGCCCCGGGUGGUGGGAGCCUGAAGUCUGCAGUAGCUGGACAGCAGCCGCAGAAGGAGCAACAAGAGAGCAGGUGUUGGAACACUCCAGCUGUGACGGGGCAGGUGUGGGAGGGACGCAGCCACCCAGCUGGUCCACUGGGAGAGCUCCACGAGGUGACAGAAAGGGCAGCUGCCCUCUCCCUCAGCUACAACACCCACUCCCCCAGGAGGCUGAGGCUGGGAAGACCUGAGGGACCACUGCUCAAGACAGACUUUAGGGAGGCUGCCCCACGCACCAGGCAGAAGUGAGAUCAUACCCGAAGCCACAACACUCAGUCCCUGGAGACGGUUACACCCUGCCACACCCACACUUUUGGAUGAAGGACUGAGGCUCAGGAGCACAGACUGCCCCAGGGUUCAGAUCUUGGGAUGCCCAGGCUGUGCUGGCCUCUGCUGAGCCACGUCCGGGUAUUCUGAACCUGUGUAGUUCCCCCUGGCUUGAAUUGGGACUCACUUUACCAAUAGAAUUUGGUGUAAGUGACAUGACGUCACUUCUGGUGUGAAGGAGGUCUGGACACUUCUAGUGUGUGUAGCGGGGAGCAGAAGUCAGUGCCCACAUAAGGAGCCCCACACACAGUGGGAAAACAAACCAGCCCAGGGGAGGCCAUCGCCAAGCUCCGGGCCACCUUGGGAUGGAUCCUUCAGCCUGUCAAGCCACACUCGUUGAUGCACUGAGGGCAGAUGAGCCACAGCCCAGGUCUUUCCCCCAGGAAGGACACCUGCUGCAGCAACAUGUCAGUCCCAAAGAAAACUGGCUAAGCUGGCCUCUAAAUGGUCCCGCUCUAAACCGCCCAAAACUUUCUUGAAAAGCACUCCAAAGAAGCUAAGAAGCAGAAAAGCCAUGGUCAUGGCAUGCUGGAGACAGGGAGCCACCGUGAAGGAGUGCCUGAGGCACUAACAAGCAGACCUUUGUGGAAAACAAAUGCACACUGACCACCCUGGGGCCCCCCCACUUCAGUGGGUUUGGACUGGGCCACCAGGAGUCAGUCUCAGCCCUUGGGAAGCUGUCCUCUAAGCCCAAUGGGCUGGGAGGGAACAGCUGCCUUCAGAGCAAGGCUCACCAGAACCCCACCUUUACCAUCCCCGCAAGUUGAUACUUGAUCACAUAACUCACCAACGGCCCCAAGGAGUCACCCCUUAAACCUGAAGCUGACCUAUCAACACAGUGAAAAGACAUACCUGCCUCAAUAAGCAAGGUUCACCACAGUAUCAGGAUGCUGCACGGUGCUCAGAGUCCAGGCCAGCUCCCUGACCUCGCUCCAUGCAGCGCCUCAGGCCCCCACCCGAACCCAUGGGCUCCCCCACCCAGCUCUGCAGGUGCCUCAGGCCUGGUCCUGGAAAGGGCUAUCUGGGUGAUGCCCCGCCCUCAGGGAGCAGCACAGGCUUUCAAGGAGCCAUUUGAGGCUCCCAGGUAACACCUGGCUUCCGAAUCAGUUUUCCUCAUCUGUCUAGUAGGGUGACAAGCACGAUCCUCUGCCCCCAGGAUGGCCAGAAGCUCCAAGAGGUUGGUGGAAGCACCUGGUCCUGGGCUUGGCCCAGCCUCAGGUUCCCACGGUGGGGUAUCCUGGCCCAGGGGUCCCCGAGGCUCCCUGGUAGGGUCACCUGGUCCAGGGGUCUCCCAAACUCCCAUGCUAGGGUGUCCUGGCCCAGAGAUUCCACAGGCUCCAGUGGCAGGGUGCACAAGGCACAUGACUGCACUGAAUCACCUAUGGAGCCUUCUCUAAACCAGUUCUCACCUCUCCCUCCCCCGCCCCAGACCAGGUCCCAGUUCAAGGCCCAGAGCUGGCCAAGGAGACCCCUGAACAAAUCAGAGCUGCUGCUGAGGACCUUCUGAGUUUAUAAAAAGAACCCCGUUGUGGUUUUCAGCUCUAGAACCCCUUCCCCAGAACUGCUUGUUUGGCAGGAUAAAUUA